GACAAGAUCAAGAAUCAAACCACACGAUUAGGCGCGCUUGAGGGACAGGUUGUAACGAAUUUAACCACACGAUUAGGCGCGCUUGAGGGACAGGUUGAUCUGUCAGCCUUGGAGGACAAGAUCAAGAAUCAAACCACACGAUUAGGCGCGCUUGAGGGACAGGUUAUAACGGAUUUAGCCACACGGUUAGGCGCGCUUGAGGGACAGGUUGAUCUGUCAGCCUUGAAGGACAAGAUCAAGAAUCAAACCACACGAUUAGGCGUGCUUGAGGGACAGGUUAUAACGGAUCUAACCACGCGAUUAGGCGCGCUUGAGAGACAGGUUAUAACGGAUCUAACCACACGAUUAGGCGCGCUUGAGGGACAGGUUGAUCUGUCAGCCUUGAAGGACAAGAUCAAGAAUCAAAGCACACGAUUAGGCGCGCUUGAGGGACAGGUUAUAACGGACCUAACCACGCGAUUAGGCGCGCUUGAGAGACAGGUUAUACCGGAUCUAACCACACGAUUAGGCGCGCUUGAGGGACAGGUUAUAACGGAUCCAACCACACGAUUAGGCGCGUUGGAGGAACAGGUUACAACGGAUCUAACCACACGAUUAGGCUCGCUUGAGGAACAGAAUGAUAAACAACAAAUGGAUAAAUGCAAACUUUUGUUCGAAAAAGUGGAUCCCAGCGCGACUGUACAUGUCUUUGAGGAUCGAUGCUAUCUGUUCUUGACAGAACAGUUCUUGGCCUGGUCCAACGCUCAGGAGAGAUGUCAGUUGGUGGGAGCGAACCUUGUAUCCGUGAUGAGCCAGGAUAUGCAAGACUUCGUCAACAGUGCUAAAGUUUCAGGAUAUGGAUGGUGGAUAGGCGGCAAAAGGAGAACGACGGAUAACAAGCUCGCUUGGAUCGGGAAUGGCCUUCUGCUCGAUGACACCUAUACCAAUUGGUACCCAGGAGAGCCUGAUAGUAGCGGCGAUUGUGUCUAUAAUACUGUCAACGGAUGGUUUGACUUUCGCUGUUCAGCUUACGGUGUAUACAUAUGCGAACUUUGAUUUAUGACUGUGGAUAUAUAGUGCCUAACACUUGUACAUAUACAUUGAAACCUGUCUAUACAAACUACCUGUCUAUAUAAACUACCUUUCUAUACAAACUACCUGUCUAUAAAGAUCAUUUGUCUCUAUGAUAUACACUGUACUCAAAAAUCCAUGUAGACCGGUUUUCCGAUGAACAUUUAUUCUAGAGAUAUCCUUUAAAGAAUUCCCCUACCCUUGUACAAUUGUUUGAUAAAAAUAGAUUUUAAAAUCUUUUAACAUUAACACUUUUGUAUUGACAAACAUGAUUGCUUUUCUUAGCCAGGAUGUACAAUUUUAAACCUGCAAUAAAACA